AUGCCCAAAGAACGAAGUCCCGAUGACGUCCAUGAUAUUUUGAAUGUAAAAGUCGGUAAACCCUACCGUGGCGAAAUGGUGACCAACAUUGAAAUUGAAAAACCCAUUGAUUUGCCCAACGAUCGCUGCAAGGUGAGACGACUCAUCUCUCUCGAAAGUGGCAUUAUUGUGAUUGAAGAUACGGUUCAUGAUCGUGGAGAAAUCUAUGACAGUGUCGGGAACCUCAAGCCGUUUGCCGAGAUUCAAUUUCCUGACAUGGAUCCUUCUGAUUUCGCCGCGCCAACCGCUGGCGUUAGCGAUGAGGAUGACGAAGCCAAAAAGAAAAAGCAAGAACUCUUGCGGGAAAAGGCCAAGGCAAUGUUGAACAAGCGUCGGCCAUCGCUUGUCAAACCAGAUGACGAUGAGGACUCGGACGACGAUUCCAAACCGAAAAAGCCAGAGAAAUUUGACAUUCAAGUCAAACUACCAGAUGGAACCUUGGUGCCCAUGAAGGUUUCACCCGACGACACUAUUCCUGACAUUAAGGAAACCAUUGAAGACGAUCAUGAUAUUCCUGCGGAUGGUCAAAAACUAAAUCUAAAAGGAAAACCCCUGGAUGAUCCGCAAGCUACUCUGGAGGAUCUUGGCAUCAAGCCUGGUGACAUUUUGGAAUUGAAUCCACCGGAGGAAAUGACCGUCCAUGUCAAGACACCCGACGGCAAGAAGUUGCCCGUCAAGGUCAAGCCCAACGAAACAAUUGCUGAUUUGAAACAAAAGGUGGAAGACGAACAUGAUAUUCCAGUGGGUGACCAAGAUCUCGAGUUGAAUGGCGAGCCUCUCGAUGACCCAAAGGCCACUUUGGGACAGUGUGGCGUCAAACCAGGAGACGUGAUUGACAUGAAAGAUCCAAGCGGUGAUAUGAAGGUUCGAGUUCAAACACCAGAUGGCAAGAUUGUGAGUCUAUCUGUAGCUCCUGACGAUUCCAUCCAAAAGAUCAAGGACCAACUGGCAGAGCAACAUGAUAUCCCCUCUGACGGUACCGACUUGACCUUUAAAGGAAGCCCAUUGGAUGAUCCUGAUGAUACAUUGGACGACUAUGGUGUCAAAGACGGUGAUUUGCUCGUUGUCGUGGCUGCACCUCCCAGUGAUAUUACUGUCCAAGUCCAAGUACACACACCAGAUGGAAAGAAGGGCAAGAAGAUUCCAAUUACGCUUAGUCCAGAUGCUACGAUUGACGAUUUGAAGACCAAGUUGGAAGACAAGCACGGAAUUCCAAAGAAAGAUCAGAUUUUACAAUACGAUGGUGACGAUUUGGACGAACCCAAGAAGUCACUGAAGGAUCUUGGUAUUGCAGAUGGCGAUGUGGUCGACUUGAUGCCAGCAACCAUCAAAGUCAAGACACCCGACGGCAAAGUACUAUCCGUCUCAGUCGAUCCUUCCAAGGAUACCGUCCCUGAUUUGAAAAAGAGGAUUGCCGACAAACACAAUAUUCCCGUGAAGGACCAACAAUUGAGCUUCAACGGCAAGCCAUUGGAUGACGAUUCUUCUGAACCUUUGAAGGACUUGGGCAUUUCUCAUGGAGACGUGGUAGAUCUGUCCACACCACCACCACCAUCUCCACCACCAAAGACGAAACCAAGCACAGAUGGCACCACCACUGAGCGGGUUCGCACAUUAGGACCCAAUUCCGUGUGGGUCUAUCCUACCGUCGCAAGUGCGCCAAAACAAGGGGAACCCAACAAUCUGCAGGGCGUUUGGUCUAGUCCACCAGGAAAAGAUGCUGGCACAGACCCGGUCGAAGUCAAUAUCCAUCCCAAGAACAAGGAACCAAAACGAAGCGAUGGCAAAAAUAUUCACGGACAGUAUGGAUACAUUAACGGAGCCAAGCCUGAUGCCGAUGGAGUUGUCGAUCCGGCCAAUAUUGUGUUUUAUCCUCCGGAAACCAAAGAGUUUGCCCCCGACUUUGAGCAGGUUGGAUGGUGGUCUUCGCCGGAAUCCAAUUCGGAAACUCACGUGAGCUGGAGAUUCGAAGGUUCUGACAUGCUUUACACUAAGAAGCAGACCAUUAACUUCCUGGGACGUACUAUGGUAUUCGAAUCGGAAUGGAAAGAGUAA